AUGUCGAGCCAAAGGCUUGACACGUCUUGCGUCAGAUUUGAAUUGGAUAAGGAAGUGCGAUCACCGAGGACGCCGACAUAUAUACCAGAUUCCCUAUCAUCUAGCUCAGUGUCACCUUUCGAUCACACUAAGUACUUUGCUGAACCUACCCUUGAAGGUGACGACCAAGAGCCGAUGUCUAUUGCACCUCAGCAACAUCCCAUGCCAUGGACAUGGAUUUGCCAUUUGUGCCAUUCACGAUAUCCCCUUGGCGUAACGCGCCGAUGCUUGGUUGACGGACACUACUACUGUUCAGGCCAGACCGACUGGCCCAGCCUGAAGAGAAAGAAAAAGCCCAGGGCAUGUUCGAGUGAAUUUGACUACGCGGCAUGGAAAAACUGGGGAGCCUGGCGCCGAGGAACUCUCAAAAUCCUCCAGAAUGAGAGGGUCUUAAAGGGCUGCGAGUCCUGUGACUUUCCAAGUCAAUGUCGGUAUCCUGUUGAUUCACACCCGCUUAGUGAUGCAGAGGCGGCCCUGGUGUAUCCGAAUGCCUCUGUUAGCGAAACAUUGCAAGAAUUAGAAGCGAAGAUAGAGGAACGCAGAGGCAAAAGUGAAGGCGGAUCGAAUGCGAAUGAGAACGUCGGCUUUGACCAAAUAUUGAAGAACAUCUGCCCCAGUACGAAGUCACAGACACCGGGUUCACAAAAGCUGUCCAAUACAAAGCAGCAAAACAAGAGUAUGUCACGGAGCAAGGAAAAACGUUCAGUCAAAGGUCCGAUCCGUGCAUGGGAGGAAGAAGCGCCCGGAGAAGAGAAAAGGUUGCGGGAAUUGGUCGGACCAGAUCUUUGGUCGUGCUUGGAAGAUGUUGGUUUGGACAAUGGGCGGAUUGGGUGA